AGACGUUGUAAUUCUUGUAACGUUCCGGUUAUAGUGGUUCAAAAUGACUUGCAAAAGGCGUAAUGGAGGAAGGUCCAAACAUGGACGUGGUCAUGUUAAGCCCGUCCGUUGCACCAACUGUGCAAGAUGCGUCCCCAAAGACAAGGCAAUCAAAAAAUUCGUGAUUAGAAAUAUCGUCGAAGCUGCCGCUGUCAGAGAUAUCACCGAGGCUUCAGUAUAUAACCAAUACACAUUGCCCAAACUUUAUGCCAAGUUGCACUACUUUGUGUCUUGCGCCAUCCACAGCAAAGUAGUAAGAAAUAGGUCUAAGAAAGAUAGGAGGAUCAGAACACCCCCACAGAGGAACUUCCCUGGUAGAGACCAGAGAACCCAACCUCAGAGGAAAUUUCUGUAUGAGUAUGAAUCAAGUGAUGCCUUUGCCUGGUUCGAAUAUAAGUCAGAUAAUUCCAUCUCCGAUGUCAAAUUCAAACCAAAUGGCAUCAAUGUUCAAUUUGAGUCAGAUAGUUGGAUCUCCGCAGAAUAUUAACGAAGUUCCCGCUUCUCCAGGAUAUAAUAAUAAUCGGAAUCCAUUGAUGUCUCCUCUUUCGAACGUAAGCCAAAUGUUGUCGCCGUCUGGAAUGGUUCCUUCACCGAUGAGAUGUCCUCCUCAGACUAUAAUGUCACCUAAUAAUCAAAAUCAGAUGAAUACAAUGUUGAAUAGACCACAGCAAUUGAUGCCCCAAAACAUGCCGAAUAACGGAUUCUUUGGCAAAAUUCAAAAAGAAAGAAGCUUGUUACAACAUGGUAGUUAACGAUAUGACAUCAUCUCUGAGUUCUCUUUUGGAGGAGAAUAGAUAUUUACAAAUGAUUCAAUAAG